AUGCCGAUCUGGAAGAUCUUCCACGGCCCGGAGACCUUCACCGACGCAACCGAGCGCCACGAGCUCGCCAGGAGAAUCACCGACUUCUACGUCUCCCGCAAACUCCCCGCCUACUACGUGAACGUGCAAUACUUCCCGCUGUCCCCGGAUCGGUACUACACGGGCGGCAACCCGAUCUCCAAGACGGUGUUCGUCGAGAUCCUGCACGUCGCGCGCCAUUGGGAUCGCAAAGACCGGGCGUGGGCGACGGGCCUUAAGGACAGCAUUGAUGGGAUUCUGCGACCCUACACCAUCGACAAGGGAUUGCAUUUGGAAUUCGCCGUCCAGGAGAGCCCGGUUGAGCUUUGGCGGAUCAACGGCAUCGACCCGCCGGAGUCGUUCCCGCCGGAGGAACAUGAGCAGGCGGCGCGCAACAAGGCGAAGCUGGAUGAGCUGAGGAAGAAUCCUCAGUAG